AUGUAUCCAAAAUUUCAAACCAUUCCAGAACUAUUAGAUGUCGAACUUCAAAUGAUGUUUUCUGACUGCACUACAGAUUUUUUAUCUGUAUUUCGGACAGAAAUUUUAAUCCCAGCAUUGGAAUUAACAGGAGAUAAAUCAAUAGAACUGAUAGCAGCCGAUGCUAAAAGAGGCGAUAAUGGUUGGCAUGCGUAUCAUGCUUGCAAAAUUAUUUCACUUAUGCUGAGAACAACCGUGAAACGGAAAAGGAUUUCAGGACUGGAGUCUUUCGACCAUUUAAUGAGGAUUAUUGAGCCAGGAAGUUCCAUGACAGAAGCUGCAGAAAACUGUUGGAAACCAUACCCAUUGCUUCUGAUACAAGGUAGCGUCAAUGAAAAAGUUUUAUUGGUAAAAAUAGCUGCUGAAAAAUCCAUAAUUACAGCUGGAUCAUCAAUUGAAGAGGGUAUCGAGCGAUUGUUUAAACUUUUUUGGUGUUUCAACUUAGAGUAUACCGAAGAAUGUGCGACUUUUUUUAAAUUUUUCCAAUUAAUUUACAAUUUGGGAGAAAAACACUCAUUUCCAGCAUCGGUUUAUCAUCUUCAAGCGAUGUUGAAGAUAGUUAAGAAAUAAACAAUAUAUAAUUUU